GCGUGUAACAUCAUACGCGUUAGACAAGUGGAAGCUCGUACGAGCAUUAGAAAUUCGGAAACUUUACAAAAUAAAAUCGGAUCGAUCACGACGCUACUCUCCGCAUCCGAUGCAGCGUCAACUCUGAAUCGCCCGAUUCAACUCAACAUCUUCUUCCCGACUCCGAUCCGCCGUCAACAUAUCCCCGCUACUCGAUUGAGGGUUUGAGUUUUGCUGAAAUUGGUUUUUUGGUUUGAUAUUGUGAUUUGGAGGGGGAAGUGGGGGACUGUAUGUGGUUACGGCUAAGAUGAAGCGUUUUGUUUAUAUAAACGAUGAUGACCAGUCGCAUGAUCUUUAUUGUGACAAUCGGAUAUCAAACAGGAAGUACACUGUGUUGAACUUUCUCCCGAAAAAUCUUUGGGAGCAAUUCAGCCGAUUUAUGAACCAGUACUUUCUAUUGAUUGCUUGCCUUCAACUCUGGCCACUAAUAACACCAGUGAAUCCUGCAAGUACAUGGGGGCCGCUCCUAUUUAUCUUUGCAGUCUCUGCAACAAAAGAAGCAUGGGAUGAUUAUAAUAGAUAUGUAUCAGACAAGAAAGCUAAUGAGAAACAAGUGUGGGUUGUCAAGAAGGGAGUCAAAAAACAUAUUCGAGCACAGGAUAUUCAUGUAGGUAACCUAGUGUGGCUUCGUGAAAAUGAUGAAGUGCCAUGUGAUCUUGUGCUGAUUGGGACAUCUGAACCACAAGGUCUGUGCCAUAUAGAGACAUCUGCUUUAGAUGGUGAAACUGAUCUUAAAACAAGAGUAAUUGCGUCCGCGUGCGCGGGAAUAGAGCUUGAAUUGCUUCACAAAAUCAAGGGUGUUAUAGAGUGCCCACCACCAGAUAAAGACAUUAGAAGAUUUGAUGCAAAUAUGAGGCUAUUUCCCCCAUUUCUUGAUAAUGACGUCUGUCCUCUUACCAUUAAAAAUACCAUCCUGCAAUCAUGUUAUUUGAGAAAUACGGAGUGGGUCUGUGGAGUUGCCAUUUAUGCAGGCAAUGAAACUAAACUGGGGAUGAGUAGAGGUGUUCCUGAACCAAAGCUUACAGCAAUGGAUGCAAUGAUUGACAAGUUAACCGGAGCGAUAUUUGUUUUUCAAGUUGUGGUUGUAAUUGUUCUGGGCGUUGCUGGGAAUGUCUGGAAGGAUAUGGAAGCAAGAAAGCAAUGGUAUGUUCAGUAUCCAAAUGAGGGUCCAUGGUAUGAACUACUGGUUAUUCCACUACGGUUUGAACUGCUUUGUUCUAUCAUGAUACCCAUAUCGAUCAAGGUAUCUUUGGAUCUUGUGAAAAGCUUGUAUGCUAAGUUUAUUGAUUGGGACCAGGAGAUGAUGGACACUAAAACUGGCACUCCAUCUCACGCUGCUAAUACAGCAAUAAGUGAGGACCUGGGGCAGGUUGAGUAUAUAUUGACUGAUAAAACUGGGACCCUUACUGAAAACAAAAUGAUUUUCAAAAGAUGUUGUAUUAGUGGAACUUUCUACGGGAAUGAAACUGGGGAUGCACUAAAAGAUGUGAAGCUACUUAAUGCUGUGUCUGGUGGUUCCUCUGAUGUUAUCCGAUUUCUUACGGUUAUGUCAAUUUGUAACACAGUAAUACCCGUGCAGAGCAAAAAUGGAGUGCUGUCUUACAAGGCUCAAUCACAGGAUGAGGAAGCCCUUGUUCGUGCUGCUUCUCAGUUGCAUAUGGUUUUUGUCAAGAAGAAUGCUAGUAUUCUUGAGAUCAAUUUCAACGCUUCUUUACUGCAGUAUGAAUUGUUGGACACUUUGGAAUUCACUUCAGAUAGGAAAAAAAUGUCAAUAGUGGUUAGAGACUGUCAAAGUGGAAAAAUUUUCCUUUUGUCCAAAGGAGCAGAUGAAGCUAUUCUUCCUUGUGCAUGCACUGGACAACAAAUAAGAACCUUCACUGAAGCUGUAGAACAAUAUGCUCAGAUGGGGUUGCGGACAUUAUGUGUUGCUUGGCGUGAGCUACCUGAGGAUGAAUAUCGAGAGUGGUCAUUGACCUUUAAAGAGGCUAAUAGCACAUUGGUUGACCGCGAGUGGAGAGUGUCUGAGGUUUGCCAGAGAUUAGAGGUUGGCCUUGAGAUUCUUGGGGUGGCUGCAAUAGAGGAUCGUCUUCAGGAUGGUGUACCUGAGACAAUUGAAACACUUCGAAAAGCAGGGAUAAAUUUUUGGAUGCUAACUGGAGACAAGCAGAAUACGGCCAUACAAAUUGCUCUAUCAUGCAAUUUUGUUUCACCUGAACCCAAAGGCCAGCUCCUGCUUAUAAACGGCAAAACAGAAGAUGAAGUAUGUCGAAGUUUAGAGAGAGUUCUCCUCACAAUGAGGAUAACAAAUUCAGAACCCAAGGAUGUGGCUUUCGUUAUUGAUGGCUGGGCUCUUGAAAUUGCACUGAAGCAUCACCGAAAAGCAUUUACAGAAUUAUCGAUAUUGUCAAGGACCGCUAUUUGCUGUCGUGUUACACCUUCCCAAAAGGCACAGCUUGUAGGGAUCCUAAAAUCAUGCGAUUACAGAACACUGGCUAUUGGGGAUGGUGGAAAUGAUGUGAGGAUGAUACAACAAGCUGAUAUUGGGGUUGGCAUAAGCGGAAGAGAAGGACUGCAAGCAGCACGGGCAGCUGAUUAUAGCAUUGGAAAGUUCAGGUUUCUGAAAAGAUUAAUACUUGUCCAUGGACGAUACUCUUAUAAUCGUACAGCGUUUCUGUCCCAGUAUUCCUUUUACAAAUCCCUUCUAAUAUGCUUUAUCCAGAUCUUUUUCUCUUUUGUUUCAGGUGUAUCUGGGAGUAGCCUUUUCAAUUCUGUCAGUUUGAUGGCUUAUAAUGUUUUCUAUACCAGCAUUCCUGUUCUAGUUAGUGUACUUGACAAAGAUCUUAGCGAAAGAACUGUGAUGCAACAUCCUCAAAUAUUAUUUUAUUGCCAAGCUGGAAGGCUUCUAAAUCCUAGUACCUUUGCUGGAUGGUUUGGUCGGGCACUCUUCCAUGCCAUUGUUGUAUUCCUAAUCACUAUCCAUGCAUAUGCUAAUGAGAAAAGUGAGAUCGAGGAAGUGUCUAUGGUGGCACUCUCUGGAUGUAUUUGGUUGCAGGCUUUUGUUGUCGCAAUAGAGACCAAUUCCUUCACUAUAUUGCAACAUCUUGCGAUAUGGGGAAACCUGCUUGGAUUUUAUGUUAUCAACUGGAUCAUCAGUUCUGUGCCAGCAGCAGGAAUGUACACAAUAAUGUUCCGCCUAUGUGGACAGCCAUCUUACUGGAUCACUAUGUUUCUCAUUGUUGUAUGUGGGAUGGGUCCAGUUAUAGCACUGAAGUACUUCAGGUAUACAUACAGAUCGAGUAAAAUUAACAUACUCCAACAAGCCGAACGUUUGGGAGGGCCGAUCUUGUCAUUGGGUAGUAUAGAGACUCAACAAAGGUCACUGGAGAGAGAACUUUCUGCAUUGUCAAUUUCUCAACCAAAGAGCAGAAGUCCAGUUUAUGAACCCCUUCUUCUGGAUUCCCCAAGUGCCUUGAGAAGAUCUUUCGGACCAGGGCCACACACAGAUUUUCGUACAAGAAAUUACAAGGACAACUGAAACGUAAAAAUCUACCUGACAGCAACCAACACACAGAUGUAGCAUAUAAAUUUUAAUUAGGCUGAGCAAAUUUUUCUGUAAAGUAGAACUAUUUCUUGCAACUUGAGUAUAGAAAGGUGGUUAAACAGCAGAGUUUUGAGUUGUAUUAUAUGCUGCAAAGGAAAUCUUCUAAUCACUAACGACUCAUAUGUACGACUGUACCUGGGAUUAGUAUAAUGUAUUAAUUUAACAGCUCGCAUAGUAAAGAUCUUGUCUCCAUCUUU